AUGGAAGAGCGCGAUUUGCUUGAAUGCUGUGGAAGCAUCAAGUUUGCAUCGGAGAUGGCUUCUGCUUCUCCAUUCUCCUCGUUGCAACACGCACUCGAUGUGGCCUCCAAUAUUUGGUGUAACAAGCUUAAUGUGCAUUCUUGGCUGAUAGCACUCAAUGCUCACACCAAUAUCUGUGAAAAGUCGCCCUUCUCACAUGCAUUCUACACUAAUAUCCCAAUGGAUUCUAUUACAGAGAAACAAUGUUUGCAAAACGCCAGAAAUCGUGAGAGGCUUAUAGUUUCACAUGCCGGUGGAAGUAAAAGCAAUGCUAGAAGAGCAACUCAGAUGGAAAAAAAAUUGGGAAGGCCUGUAUGUCGAAGCGAGGUUAUUGUAUCAACUUUGCUGAAGAAAGAUGGGAGUUAUGUAAGCGGGGAAGGACAACAAUUAGCUGAAAAGAUAGCAGAGCAUUUGUCUGAAGACCAAGAGCGUGCUGCCGCUGAAGGUAUGCAUUCAAAGGUCUUGGCUCAUCCGGAUGAUGCAAUUGGAAAAGUUUGCGGUCCUGAGAAUGGUAAGCGUGUACGUGGCUUUAGUAAUGCUGCAUAUCCCAGUGGUUUUGGCAAGUCAAAGCGCAUCUUUGGAGGGGCAAUAUGCGGAGGUUCUAGCAGUGCAUCGCAACAGCAUGUUGCAGAAUUAGAAAAGCAACUUCAAGAAGCUAAAGGUCAAGUGGCAACUCUCUACAGAUUUUUACAACAGAAAUACGGUGAUGAAGUACCUACCUUAUCUGAGUCUGUGCCACACAUUGAGUCGGAGUGA